CCCCGCCCCCUGCGCACGGACGCCGGAAAGACGGGGGCGGGGCUACGCUAGCGUCCGCGCCAUCAGGCCAAGGUGGCGGAGGCGUCGGUUCUCUGUGUAUGGUUUUCCCAGCCAAGCGGUUCUGCUUGGUGCCAUCCAUGGAGGGCGUGCGCUGGGCCUUUUCCUGCGGCACUUGGCUGCCGAGCCGAGCCGAAUGGCUUCUGGCAGUGCGAUCGAUCCAGCCCGAGGAGAAGGAACGCAUUGGCCAGUUCGUCUUUGCCCGGGACGCUAAGGCAGCCAUGGCUGGUCGUCUGAUGAUAAGGAAAUUAGUUGCAGAGAAAUUGAAUAUCCCUUGGAAUAAUAUCCGUUUGCAAAGAACUGCAAAAGGAAAACCAGUUCUUGCAAAGGACUCGUUGAAUCCUUAUCCCAAUUUCAACUUUAACAUCUCGCAUCAAGGUGACUAUGCGGUGCUUGCAGCUGAGCCUGAGCUGCAAGUUGGAAUUGAUAUAAUGAAAACUAGUUUUCCAGGUCGUGGUUCAAUCCCAGAAUUCUUUCAUAUUAUGAAAAGAAAGUUUACCAACAAAGAAUGGGAAACAAUCAGAAGCUUUAAGGAUGAAUGGACUCAGCUGGAUAUGUUUUAUAGGAAUUGGGCAUUGAAAGAAAGCUUCAUAAAAGCCAUUGGUGUUGGGCUAGGAUUUGAAUUGCAGCGGCUUGAAUUUGAUAUAUCUCCCUUAAACUUGGAUAUAGGCCAAGUUUAUAAAGAAACACGAUUGUUUUUGGAUGGCAAGGAGGAAAAAGAAUGGGCAUUUGAGGAAAGCAAAAUAGAUGAGCACCAUUUUGUUGCAGUAGCUCUGAAGAAACCAGAUGGAUCUAGACAUCAGGAUGUUCCAUCUCAAGAUGAUUCUAAAACAACCCAGAGGAAAUUUACUAUUCUCACCUUUAAUGAUUUAAUAGCAUCUGCUGUUCCCAUGACACCUGAAGAUCCUUCAUUUUGGGACUGUUUUUGCUUCACAGAAGAAAUUCUAAUACGAAAUGGUACAAAGUCAUGAUUUCCUGAGUAACAAAAGGAAAUGAAACUGUUUGUAAUCUUCCAUAUUUACUGAAAAAUAAAUGCUUGAUAGUAUCAAAUUUUAUUUCACAAAACAGUUUUAAAAAAAAUGAAAACUUUUCC